CAUUUUAAAAUCUCUAAUAACCCUCAUCCUCUGUUACAAACCCCUAAUACCGGCGGCCGACCCUAUCCGGCCUCCACGAUAGGCGACAGCAACCCGACCCAGCCCCUCUGCUGAAUCCUCGCAACCCCGACCCCGACCCCCCGCCUCCACGCCACGACAGGCCGCAGGCGGCAACUACUCGACUCUCUCCACCUCUCGACGGCAUCUCCCCCUACCCCUCCAACUCCCCAUCAGUUCUGUUGAGGCCUGCUCCCAGCUUCUACUCUGGCCUCCCCACCUCGUUCGCUCGGGCUCGUUCUUCGCUUAACUUUAGCAACCGAGCCUGCCCAGCUCGAGCUUGAGGUAAAAUAUGAGAUUUUGUUAGCCAUCCGAUCGUUGCUGUGGGCAUUCCGAUUUCUGGGCUUGGCAUUUCGUUUCAUGGGAGCUGAAGAAUUGGGAGGAAUAUCCCCCAAAGUUGUCAGCUUCAUACACUGAGGAACAUGCUCUCUCUGCGACCGAGUCGCAGAUUAUGCCACUCCGCUGCCGCCGCUGCAAUUUCGUGUGUGAACUCCUCUGCAACUGUUUCCAGCUCCGUUCAAAACCCUAAACGCAUUGAGGAGCCCGCCCUUAUCAAGCUCAAAUCCGAGCGAGAUCCUGAGAAGUUGUUCCAUCUCUUCAAGGCCAAUGCCCACAACCGGUUGGUUGUCGAGAACAGAUUUGCAUUUGAGGACACCGUUUCCCGGCUUGCUGGUGCUGGACGGUUCGAUUACAUUGAGGAACUGCUCGAGCAACAGAAGGCCCUACCGCAGGGCCGCCGAGAAGGUUUCAUUGUCAGGAUCAUAAUGCUGUAUGGGAAGGCUGGGAUGAUCAAGCAGUCCGUUGACACUUUCAGUAAUAUGCAUCUCUUUGGAUGCAAGAGGACCGUGAAAUCUUUCAAUGCCACGUUGCAGGUCUUGGUCCAAACCCGGGAUUUAGAGGCCAUCCAGGCAUUCUUCCUUGAAAUGCCUUCAAAGUUUCAUGUUGAGCUGGAUGUGAUUUCUUUGAACAUUGUUAUUAAAGCACUUUGUGAAAUGUGCGUGUUGGAUAGGGCUUAUUCUAUAAUGGUGGAGAUGGAGAGGGUGGGAAUCAGACCUGAUGUUGUUACCUACACAACCCUGAUUUCCGCAUUUUAUAAGAGUAACCGUGGGGAAGUGGGCAAUGGGUUGUGGAAUUUGAUGGUGCUGAAGAGCUGUUUACCGAAUCUGGCGACGUUUAAUGUUAGGGUUCAAUAUUUGGUUAACAGGCAUAGAGCAUGGGAGGCCAAUCGUUUGUUGAAAGUGAUGAUAAAAAUCAGGAUGAAGCCCGAUGAGGUUACUUACAAUUUGGUAAUCAAAGGUUUCUUCCUUAUUGGGGAUCUCAAAAUGGCCAAGAGGGUCUACUCUGCCCUUCAUGGGAAUGGGUAUAAGCCGAAUAUGAAGAUUUAUCAGACCAUGAUUCAUUAUCUCUGCAGGGAGGAUUCGAGACUUUCAAUGAAAUAUGUCAUAAUGGGAAGAGCUCCGCGCAGAUGCUGGACGUUGCAACUGUUUGUAUAUUAUCCCUGCAGGAACCAGAGCAAUCAGAAGAAGCAACCAUCCUCUUGCAGUUCUGAGGGCUUGGAUUUUGUUGGGCCUUUUGAAGAUUGAAGUGAUGUGAUACAAUGGUCAUACAUAUGGCCUGCAAGUGGGUCUAGCAGCUUGGAGGUGUUCAGGGUCUUGCCUUGGCACGGUCUGCGGCACUAAGAGUUCCCAGCAACUCCAGUUCGAUUUUUGGGAGAUGUCUCAGUUGGUGCAAGUCAGCGGAAAGAUCCAUCAGUCAAAGCUGCGCAAGUUAACGAUGAAUCUUCCAAUCAGCUGCCCCUAGUGGUGAAUAGAUUCAUCCUUGACUAGGGAGUAGAAGUUUCUGGAAUUAACAGUUGGAAUACUUGAAAGAAUCAUGCUGAUGCUAUCAGUACCAUGAAUUGGGAAGCUGUUGCAGGAGCUGGUUCUGAAAUUUCACCUUUGCCUCUUUCAACUGGAAUGGGGAAGUCUGUGACUAAUGAUGAUGAGAGAUACAAAUGUGGCAGCAUGAGGGAGUUGCAAGACUCAAGGGAAAAGAAGAAAAUAAUUAUAAAAAAAGCUAAUUGGCUGAGUAGGGAAGAUCGCAUGAAUGUGCUAAUUCAUAGUCAAAAUGAAUUCAAAAUAAAAUUUCGCUAAAAUCUUUGGACUGAAUUUGUCAUGAUCAGGACUCAAAUGGAAGGGUCAAGGGUCCUUCAUGAUUCAGAUGUGGAAAUGGUGGACAAGGUGUGAGUUCCCUCGUGAUCAGAGGAUUUAGAGGAACAAUGAGAAGCAGGAGUCGUCUAUUCUCCUGACUGAUGCUUUGGACGGCAUUUUUCUUAAAGAAACCACAGUCCUGCAUUCACGGGAGGAGGUAAUGCUUGCCUCUGACGAUUGUGACCGUAACUUGGAUAGGGUUUUAACAUUUAGUGUGAACACUACUAAUAACAGUGCAAUGCAUGAAGUGGGUUACCCUUUCUUGAUUUAGAUCGUUAAAACUGAAAGAGAGCAUUAAGAGAGCAUGCAGAUAUCCAGGACAGUUUGUUGGUACCAGUACGAAGUUGGAUCCCAUCAGCAGAAGUCAAGGAUUUGAUGGUAUUGAUAAAAUCACAAGUCAUGAACAGAUGGGUGUGGGUAAAACUCCUGGUCGUUUAACUGGCAGUAGGGAGUAUGAUGGUGACGACUACACUUUGACUCGAGAGUGGACAAAAUUGGAAGGUACCUUCCCCUGUGGUUAGUUCCACUAUAGUUCACAUCGUUGCCUGAGGAAUCAGUGUGCUAUUUGCUUGCGGAACCUGAAGCAUCAGAGCCUCUUAAUACUAGCUUCCCUUCUCCUAGUCUGAAGUGUUUUGAUGGAUUGAGAAGAGGCAUCGGAAACGACUAUUUCAGUCCGGAGGCGGGUUUUUUCUCAGUAUCUCAGCCUGGAAGGGUUGAUUCUUUUAGCUCCUCGUGGGAAAUUUUUCCAAUCUGUGUCCCCCUCCAGCUGCAAAUGAGCCACUAGGAUCUUGCUACUUCAACCCCCCUCCUCAUAACUUGCACAGGAUGAUUUUGUGGGAGAAUUCUUCCCGAACGAGCCAUGCAUAUAGGAAUGAGCAUUCCGACACGGACAACUUAGUUGAGUCGGCACUGUGGAGAGGAAUCCCAAGAAGUGAGUAAAGCAGCAGCAGCAGCAGCAGCAGCGGCAGAGACUAGUCCUUACUGCAGCAGGGAUAGGAUCUCUACUCCUACAGAUCAGUUGUUUGGUAGGGUAAAUUAACUUGGAUCUUUGUGGAAGUAGGUCCAUAUGGGACUGGCAAUAAAAUAGGUAAAAGUGCACGGGAUCAGGAAUCUCAUCUCAGGAAGCCGUUUGGUUUGGAGAUCUGGGAGCUCUCUCUGUGCCGAUUUUGCAGAAGCAGGUCUAAGGAAGAUAGCAUUAGCAAUUGGGUCCCCGGUAGACGAUUUACACCCAAUACGGAAGGCAUCCGUGGUGGAUUAAUUUUUGUAACCGUUCUUUUUGUAAGGACUGUUAAUAAGAUUCUUCCAGAUAUAUAAUAUUAUGGACCUCUGUAUGAAGUGUCCUGUAAUAUCUCAUUCUUUAUUCUUAAGGCAAUUCUUUGAAUUGUUAAACCUGUGGUCUUGGAGGAAUAGACAUUCGAGAAGCAACUCCUGUGCAGA